AUGAUUAAUGUACCAAUAAAAACUAAUAUCUGUAAAAAAUGUAAUGAUUAUUUUCAACAUGAAGAAAAUGUUGCAUUAUUUAAACAACAUCAAUAUCAUUUUCAUUGUUUUCUAUGUAUUGAUUGUAAAAAACAAUUAUCACAUGAAUCAUUCUAUCUCGAUGAAAAACUUCAAUUAGAUAUAUCUAAUCCACAAGUUUAUUGUGAAACAUGUUAUUAUAAACGAUGUUCAUCAUGUAUUGAAUGUAAUCAAAUAUUUACUCCAACAUCCAUUAUUAUUGAAUUUCAAGGACAAGAAUAUCAUAAUGAAUGUUUUAUUUGUAAAAAAUGUCGAUUAACAUUAAAAAAUAAAAUAUUUUAUUCGAAAAAUAAUUUUUUAUAUUGUCAACAAUGUAUGAAUGAUAUUGAACCAUGUAUAAUGACAUUAAAAACAUCGCAAACAUUAAAUGAUCAAUGUAAAAAAUGUGGAAAAAAUUUUCUUGUUGGUGAAACUAUAUCAAUGUAUCAAUAUGAGUUUUAUCAUCCGGAUUGUUUUCGUUGUGGAAAUUGUAAAAAAUUAAUUGUUAGUCAAGGAUUUUUUCGUCAAGAAGAUGGAUGUCUUUAUUGUUUAAAUUGUCAUAUUGAUAAUGGACCACAUUGUAUAAUAUGUAAAGAACCAUUUUUAACAGGAGAAAUUUUAAGUCAAUUUGAUGGAAAACAAUUUCAUAAUACUUGUUUUUUAUGUAAUAUUUGUCAGCAACCAAUUGAAAUGAAAAAGUUUUGCUGUCAAAAUGGAAAUAUUGUAUGUGAAAUUUGUUUGAAGAAAUAA